UCUUGAGUUUCAGUGUUCACUGAUGAAUUUUAUGUGGAGUCAACUUAAUGCUCCUCCAGAUGAUGGAAUUCCUAAUUCAUAGUUUAUGUGAGGGAUGAAUUGGAAACCUCUGGAUACAGCAGAAUCUUGUGUCGGAUUAGAAACGGUCGCUUGUAAAAUCAUAAUAAUAUUAUAAUAUCCUGAAUUAUCAAUAAACACAUCACAUACUGAACAGAUUACUGGAGAUUCAGUAGAGUAACUUAUUGAUUCACUCCACCCAACAGGGCACUGAUAACCCGCGCAAAAAUAAUUAAAUAAUUCAUCAAAACUUUUCGUACGAAAAAAAAACAUCCCCCUCUUCUCAACUGUCUAGAAGGAAAAUAAAUAAAUAAACCGAAAACUUCCUUUUCUUCUUAAAAAAGUUUUCCAAAGUUUUCUCUUCUGCUCUGUUCUUUCCUCGCCAGGGGGUAGCGGAGAAACUUCUCAAUUCUUUUUUCUCUAUUACUUCCCUCUCCAGCGAGUUGCUCUAAGGGGUAGGAGGGGGAUGAGGAAAAUGCCAGGUAGGGGGCUGGAUUGGACGGGGUGAAAGUUUCGCACGGUAGUUUGAGGCGCGCGCGUUCACCACUGUCAGUUCCCGCUAAGCGGCCGACAAGUCUGGAACUGUUUGGAUUUUUCCUCCCUUUUUAUUUUUCUACCGGUUUUUUUUUUCUUUCAUUAUUUUCUUGGUUCCCAUCAAAACAUUUAAGACUGAAAACAGCAAUAAAAAAAUGUAAAUCGGUCGCGAUUCAGACGUCUAAACGCAUCAUCAUAAUUGUUUCCAAAAGACCGGCCGUGAUGCGGAGAAAAAAACGGCGGGAAGUUUGAAAGUUUAAUCACUGAAACUGGAAUUGCUUCAUUAAAAAAAAAAAGAAUGGCGUCGAAGAAAACGAAACAAAAUCACUCGAUACAGCAUCUACUGGAUCUACCGUCGAGGGAGGAGGAGAGAAGAAUCGUAGAUCAACCUCAACAAACACGAUCUACCCCACGUCAAGUUCCAGUGACUGUUCUCCAUCCGACUCCAAAAAAGUUGUACCUGAGCAAACGGCGGGUGGAGAACGCAGUGCGGGAGGCAGUACUGGACCAAGAAUUACUCACACGAACAGUUACUUCUGACGAUCACAAACAAGAUUCGCCUCCUACGGGGCGGGACUGUCCCCGCCAAAUGAUGAACAAGGUGGACGAGCGUGGACGAUCGCCCGGUGCGUUGAUUCGUCCAACUCCAGUGUCUAUAGCAUCUCCGUCGAGUCCUGAAGAACCUGUGACACUGGUGGAACUGACCAGCGUGCCGGGCGGCCAGAAUGCAAUGGCACAUCUCAAAAAAAGGAAACUCGAGGCCGAGUCAAUACCAAAAACAAUGCAACACACGUCAUCACUGAAUGGUAAAAAACAACAAAUAAGUAAUUCCCAAGACCUAGAAUUGUCGGAUGCUGCGUUAAAAAGAAGAAGGAAAAGUGUACGAGAUGAUGAUAUUGGUAUGAGAAAACAAUCAGAGAGUGAUAAGACAAUGUUGCCGCAGAAGAAGCGUGUGUUUGCGUCGAGUAAUUGUGGUAGUCCAGCGCGAAAAGCUAGUAAGAAUUCAGAAGAGCCAGAGGACGACGAGACACUGAUCAGGGAAACUGAGGCAGCGUUGAAGAGCUUAUCGGGAAGUUGGCCAGGGCCUAGUGGUGGUUUGUACCAGCGUGGUGGCUCUGAUGAUGAUCGCUACGAGUCCAACUUUGAAAAUCUCUUCGAGGAGAAGAAGGACACCCCAAAGCUGUCACCAUGCUCGGUAUCAACAUCAUCAACAACAAGCACCGAGGCAGGAUGUUCCUUGAAGGACGUAAUAACAUUCCGCGGACAGGACAGAAGGUCCUUCCAGCAGAUGAGACCGCAGCAGUUGAAGACCAAAAAAGAUUUGGAUGUAAUGAGGAUGGAGACAGAUUGCCCUGUGCAGCACAACCUGAAGACCAGAAGCCUAAAAGAUAGAAUCGAACGAUUGCCUAACGAAAAAUAUUCUCGCUACGAUCCUCCAGAUUUCAACGAACUAGUCGAUGAUUCAUCUAAUGAAUUAGAAAUUGACAUGUCUGAUCCCCUCACGGAGAAGGACGAUGAGAGAGACCAGCGGUUAGACGACAAGAGUAAAGAGAGAACAGCUAAAGAAUCAUCAUCACCAUCUGAAAGACACCUGUUCUCUCCGAGCUCAACAACAUCAUAUUCAUCAUCAGCUUUUAGGCCACCAAAUACAGAUCACACAAAGCCAGUGUGUAGAACACCAUCAGCAUCAACCUCGAGCCCGCCAAUCGGUCCUUACCCAGCAUCAGCAACGUUUGUGGGUUUUCCCACGCCAGUUCCAGGCCCGGUGAUGCCAGUCCCACAGCCAGUGAUCCCGCCCUCCAGUGAGGAGAAAAACACCUCCGUCUCGCUUCUACAGUUGAAAUCACCAAAAGAGGAGCAGCAUCAGAGUCAGAGUGUUUCAAAAUUAACACCAUCAAAAACACCAGCCACUGGACUACCACCAGCUGCAAGCCCCGAAAUCAACACCUCCAAGCAGUACACCAUUCUACAACCAGCUGGUGUCGGUUCAAGAGCAGCCAGUGCUAUACAAGACAUUACCAGGGAGGGAGUUGUGAGUGUGACUGCUGUCAGCAGCUCCAGUGGAAGUAACAGUUCCACCAGUAGUUACGCUAGUUCUAAAAAUGGAAAUAAUACAAGCAUCAAUGGAUGCACAGCUAGUUGUGUUACAACGAAUACGACUACGACUACCACUGCCGUUGGAGAUAUUUCUGUUACGACAGGUGGUCAGGAUGUUAUGAAGAUUCAGGAAAGAAAUUUCGAUGGCAAUCGCCCUGGCAUGUCCAUGUCACCGUCCAGCAUUGGCAGAGAGGGCAACAAGUGCCCAACCCCCGGUUGCACUGGUCAAGGUCACGUAACUGGACUCUACUCGCACCAUCGCAGCCUAUCCGGAUGUCCCAGAAAGGACAAGCUUACGCCUGAGAUUCUGGCGCUGCAUGAGACAAUAUUGAAGUGUCCGACACCGGGUUGUAAUGGUCGCGGUCACGUAAGCUCCAAUCGCAAUACACAUAGAAGCUUGUCAGGUUGUCCCGUUGCUGCAGCCAAUAAGCAAGCAGCACGUGAGGCCCGUCACAAGGCCCAAGUGUCCGGGAUUCCCCCUGAGUUCAUAAGCACGAACCUGCUCCCAGGUUCUAUGGACAUCAAAGGCUACUCAAUUUACUCAUCACAAGCACCCGAGACAAAGUCAGUUGUAACCUCGCCAACGUACGAUUACUAUAAAACUCCAGGUCUCCACGUGAAGCCACCAAAAACCCCCGAGGAUCAAAAUCCCCAGAAUCCCCGGAGUUCCUCAAAAGUAACCCCAAAACCAGAGGUAUCACCACCAACGACCUGUUGCAGUGCGAUACCCUCCCGAAAUCCCGAGCUUCUAGUUCCGAAGACCGAGGAUUCGUCGUCCUGUCGAGUCAAUUCCCCACCUCCUCCACCACCACCGAGACAGACAUACGAUUCAUACAUGAACCAAGACUCGAAUUCGUCGUCGAUGUCAUCCUUAGACAUGGGUUCAAGAUCAAUUGGAACUAUUCAUCACCCAACCCAGCAUCCAAGUCAUCAUGUUUUGCCGAUGCAGCCGACAGUGACCUACCCCAUGACAAUGGUGGAGGACACGAGAAUGACGCACCAGAUGUCACAGCGAUCACCUUACGAAUCCUCGAUGAUGGCAGCGGUGGCUACGACAAGCGAGGACAUCUAUCACCACCGAAGUGCUGAGCAUCGUGCCUACAUGCAUCAAACGACCAAUGGAAUAGCGAGACCAGUUGUCACGUACUCGAACGAUGUUGGAGCAGCGCGAGGAUACGAGAAUGUCUCGAGCGCAGCGAAUCAUCGGCCAUACGAUCCGGGUUCCGCUUCCGGCUACGAUCGGUACGACAGUCAAAGUUGUGGACCUUUUCAGAGUCAACAGGCUCAACAACAGCAGCAACUCCACUCAAGAGCCAAUAUGUAUUACCUUGGACAAACUGGGAUGACGGCUGAUGAGCAGGAGAGGGUCUAUCAGCAGGAAGCCGCUGCUGUCCAGCAACACCAGAUGGCAAUGGCUGCAGCAACUGGUGUCAUGAUCAAGUCGGAGGAAGUCAAGUGUGUGCAGAUGCCGAAGAACGGACCCCCGACAUCGCCAGGUGGUUCCGUUAUGGAUUUGUCAACGUCCAGCGUUACCUCGACGAGUCCACAAGCGCCACCCUACGGUUCCAACAGCCUCAGCCCCCAGUACGGUGGCGGCCAAACUGUCGGUGGAAGUCCUCAAGCUGCCGCCAGUCCACACCUGACAGCCAGUCCCCAGGUGCCCAGCCCACAAGGACAAACGCUGGAUCUCAGCGUCAACAGGCUUCACAGCGGUGCUCCCAGUCCACAAUACCCAACGUCUCACGGCGAUGCAGUUCCCGUUCCAGUGGGUCCACCAUUCCCAGCACCUCGACCAAUCGAAGAACAAACAGAACCCGUGGACUUCUCAACAGCCAACGAAUCCGUGAGCUUCACCGGUGCCCCCGGAAUCAGGCCCGUUGGCUUUCCACCUCCAGGUGUUCAUGCUGCUGCGUACAGCAGAGAAAGUACCCCCGACAGCGGUGUCUCCCACUACAUGGACGCAUACAGAGAUCCAACUGUGUUUCCUGUUCUUCUCUCAGCAUACGGUCCAAUGAGUCCACACCCAGGCUAUGGGAUGACCGGCGUCCAGCCAGAAUACCCAGGGAAUACCUACACCCCGUACCCGACAGCCGGAUACAACUGCACUGGCAGCUAUCCAGGUGGACCAGUAACCUCUAGCUACCAAAUUCCCACUGGCUACAGUCCAGCCCCCUGCUACAGCAUGCCACCACCCCAGCACACAAUGAGCGGUCUCGACAAAUCUUCAGGAAAAGACGACAGUCUCUCGGGCUGUCCGAGGGCAGAUCGUUCCCAGAUCCAGGCGCACUCACAGGAGUUGAAGUGUCCGACGCCGGGAUGCGACGGCUCGGGCCACGUUACGGGUAACUACAGCUCCCACAGAAGUCUCUCCGGUUGUCCCAGAGCGAACAAACCCAAGAGUAAACCUAGAGACGGACAGGACUCUGAACCGCUCAGGUAUUCUUUGUGUCCAAUUCCUGGUUGUGAUGGAUCAGGACAUGCUACUGGUAAAUUCCUGUCUCACAGAAGUGCAUCAGGCUGUCCAAUAGCGAAUCGAAACAAACUUCGCGUCCUAGAAUCGGGUGGUACAGUGGAGCAACACAAGGCGGCCGUGGCAGCAGCGACAGCAAUGAAAUUCGAGGGCGUUAACUGUCCUACCCCAGGAUGCGACGGUAUCGGUCACAUAAAUGGCUCAUUCUCAACCCACAGAUCACUCUCGGGUUGUCCAAUGGCCGGCAAUACCCUGAGAAAGCCCAAAUUCGAGGACAUGACCAGCAUGUACAGCAAAGGAAUCGCCGGAGUGGACACCGGUGGUCCGGCUCAGGGUGGUGCGUUGGGUGCGGGUCAGGGAAGCACAAGCGGUAACAUUGUACCUGGUGGUCAGGGCGAGGAUCUGUAUACAUUGGAAGCUGAAAUCACUGAAUUACAGAGAGAAAAUGCGAGAGUUGAGUCGCAGGUUAUGCGCCUGCGCUCAGAGGUAACAGCUAUGGAGAAUCAUCUGAAACAAGGGGACAAGGAGACAACGGUGAUUGCCCAACGAAAUAAUCAUCUGACUGAUUACUAUCAGUCGCUCCGCGACAACAUGAUAACAUUUCUGGAGCACGUGAGGAUACCUAGCGCCCCUGGAGGUCCACCGGAAAAAAUGGGACACGAGAAUUUUGACAGUUAUCUGACAAAAUUACAAACGCUUUGUACCCCUGAUGGAUACUGCACUGAUGAAGCUAAUCGUCCAACAUACGAGACUGUUAAAACCGCAUUGCAGGACUUUACGGUCUUGCCAACGCCCAUCUGAGACCAUCAGUCACGUGGAUAAAGUAGGCAGAUUAUUUAAAUCGCGACGAUGGUGAUAAUCAUCACGAAAAUGCAUAUGAAUAAGAGUGGAGGAUGUAGGAAACUGUUGAGGAUUUCCAUUUUUAGAGUUUUCGAGGAGAAACAGGAUAGCUACAUCAUUGACUGGAAAUUAGCUCUCCGCAUGAGCCAACGAAUUCUCAAAAGAUAUUUUUAAUUAUCUAUCAAACUAUUUCUAAUUGUUUUCCAAUCUAGUAAAUUUUAAGUAAUAUUUUCUCAGUUCAUAACACAAAUGAUUUGUGCAAAACAUAUUAAAGUAGUCAACAAAUUUCUACAUCUCACUCAAUCCAACACUGAUACAAAAUCGAUCAUAAUGUACCACAAACGCAACCCAAACAAUUCUAGACGACGAAAAAUCAAUUGUAAAUACUCGAAAAGUGAUUGACAUCCACGACGACUUAAUGCUGCAGAUCUCCUAUUUGUAAAUAGUCAUGGCGAUCAAACCAUGAAAAAAUCCGAGCAAAAAAAUUCAGUCGUCGACCUCUCACUAUCUAAAUCUGUAAAAAUCUUUAAAAAAUUUCUAUUACGCUUAGUCAUGUAUAUCCGCAGGCCCUCCCCACACCGCUUGAUAAUCGUUGAUCUACGGAUAAAUAUCCAUCAGAAGAAUAAUCAACUAAAAUUGUAAAAGUUGUCAUUUAUUAUUGAAGAUAAUAAUUCGAUAGUAAUCGAGCCCCUCAUGCCCCACCCCCCGAAUUGCUAUUGAAAAAAUUUUAAAUAUUAGACGAUAAGGAAAACCGCAUAGGGAAAAAUUAAUCCUUCACUGUUAAUUAUAGUAAUCAUUUGAAUGCCUCCCACAAUUAAUUACUAAAUGAUAAAUGAAUUAGAUUAAAUAAAUUUUUGUCCAUAGUCUGUAUAUAAAUUGAAUAAUUUUAAAUAAUUUAAUGAAUACGUGAAUAUAUCAAUUAUAAUUGAAAGGGUGAAGAUAAUUUUAAGGUCAUCAGUUUGGGGAGAUGAUGACAAAUGUCGAAUUUAUUAAUGCCAAAAGAACUUGAAAAUUAUAUAAUUGAUUUUUUAGGUGAAAAAAAAAAUCGCUCAAUAGGAAAAUAUUCAGUAUUGAGAGUACUAUGUGCAAUUUAUUAAUCAGGAAUUAUCAAUUUAAUAAUCAGUUGAUUUAUCAUUUUUCAAUUUUAGGAUGUAUUAUAGGAGUUUUAAGGAACCAUUUGUGAUUAAUUAUUUCGAAUUUCCUUUUUGUCUUUAUGCAAUUUAAUUAUUACUGAAAUAUUGUUAUUUAUUAUUAUUUAUUUUGUUAUUAUUAUUAUUAUUAUUAUUAUUUAUGUGAAAGAGAUUUCAUCUGUAUACGAUGUUUGUACAUUUGUUUAUUGCUGUAUUUAGUGACGAAUGAGACAGGUGUCUGAAAAGAGAGCGAAAGGAAGAGCGAAAGCGACAGGGGAUAAAGGUAAAUCAGAGCAAUAGUUUGGGCAUAAUUUUCCCGAUUUCAUUCAACCUUUGGAUAACGAUGUGAUCAUUCUGCUUAUUCACUAAAAAAUUAUGAAGGAAAAUCUUUACCGCCCUUGUUCCGUAAUCUACUCAUUUUUUAGGACAAAUGAUGCAAUCAAUCUCAUGUUCGUAUUUAGUUGAGGCAACGCUGAGAACUAUGUUUUAAAUAACAAAUUGGCUCCAUUUAAACUUCAUUUAAAUUCAUUCAACAGCAAAAAGGCAAUUAGUUGAAAAUGAAUGAAGUCAGUGAACACAAUGCUCAGACUACAUAGUUAUAAACACAAUACGCUAUUGUCGUGUGGUAAAGGAAAGACUGUAAACCAAAAAAUACUUGUUUUAAUCUGUAAGAAUCCGCGGACUUAAAUGUGAAAAUAAAAAGAAAAUCAUUAACAAUAUCUUGUGUAAAUAACGAACGCUUGAGAGUCGACAACACUAUCCCUCAAUUGAACUAAUGGACAGAGCUGAAGACAUUCCAAGGAUAAUAAAUAAAGUAUACAGCAAGGCGUCACUAGUAUUAAAAAGAACGAAAUUAACAGAUCAACAAAUUACCAGAGAACCAAAAAAUUCCAACAAUUAAGUAUGCUAUUAAUUUUCAUUCAUAUUCAAAUACAUUUUGUGUUCAUUUCCAAUUAGCUAAUUAUCAUUUUAACAAAUAAAAACUCGAAAUGAUUUCACUAAACAAAAGCGAGAGAGAGAGAGAGAAAAUGAAACCUAAACCAUUCCCAAUGAUACCAAAAUUGCGAAUGAUAAAGUAUUAAAUCAUUUUUACCAUUAAUUAGCAAGUGAUAAUGUAAAUACAGUAUUAGAGAAAAACAAUUAUUUACGCUGAAGGAAAUUCUGACAAUUUUAAAAUGAGAAAAAAUGAAUUAUUGAGACGAAGAAUCAAUGAGAAUUAAUUAAUGAAUAAAUAAUGUACUUUAAUCAGCACCGUGUAGUGAGAAUAUUGAAUAGAUCUAAAUGAAAGAAAUAAAUGAAUCAUUAAUUGAACCUUAAUUGCAAUUGAAAUGUCAAUUUUGUGAUUUUUUCUCAACUUUCAUCGCCAAAUAAUUUUCAAUAUUUUGCUUCGACUUUCCACUCUUUUUUAAUUCAGAACGACCGAAUAAAGAUCCAAUACCAAAAUGCAAAUAUAUCACUUAAUUUUUUAAUUAAUUCUUAGACACUGUUCCAUGUUAAUUUUCUCCAUUAAUUACUUGUUGCUAUUUAUAUGGGAAAAAAUGAGAUAAACUUGAAAAAAAAAUGAAACAAAAUUCUACGAUAUUUGUAAGUUUAUGAAUAAUAUGCUUUAAGUAAGAAUAAAUGUUACUCCGAUCGAAUAAAGGGUAUUUAUCGAUG